AUGUUUCAUUGCAUCCCCCUGUGGCGGUGCAACCGUCAUGUGGAGUCCAUCGAUAAGCGGCACUGCUCGCUGCUCUCGGUGCCCGAGGAGAUCUACCGCUACAGCCGCAGCCUGGAGGAGCUCCUGCUGGACGCCAAUCAGCUCCGCGAGCUGCCCAAGCCCUUUUUCCAGCUUGUAAAAUUACGGAAACUUGGACUCAGUGAUAAUGAAAUUCAACGGCUCCCUCCAGAAAUAGCAAACUUUAUGCAGCUGGUGGAACUUGAUUUGUCUCGAAAUGAAAUUCCAGAAAUUCCAGAAAGCAUCUCCUUUUGCAAAGCACUACAAGUAGCAGACUUCAGUGGGAACCCACUGACCAGGUUGCCUGAAAGCUUUCCUGAAUUACAGAAUCUAACGUGUCUUUCUGUAAAUGACAUCUCACUGCAGGCACUACCUGAAAACAUUGGGAACCUUUUUAACCUGGCCUCCUUGGAACUAAGAGAGAAUCUGCUGACAUACUUACCUGAAUCACUCACCCACCUGCAGAAACUAGAAGAACUUGAUUUAGGAAACAAUGAACUUUAUAACUUGCCAGAAACAAUUGGUGCACUUUUCAGUCUUAAAGAUCUCUGGCUGGAUGGAAACCAGUUAGCUGAAAUACCUCAGGAAAUAGGAAAUCUGAAAAACCUGCUAUGUCUGGAUGUCUCUGAAAAUAAAUUGGAAAGACUUCCUGAAGAGAUCAGUGGUUUGACUUCCUUAACAGAUUUGCUCGUUUCUCAGAAUUUACUUGAGGUGCUACCUGAUGGUAUUGGAAAUUUGAAGAAGCUGUCUAUCUUGAAGGUUGAUCAGAACAAACUUGUUCAGUUGACAGAAGCAAUAGGAGACUGUGAAAGCCUUACUGAACUAGUUCUAACAGAAAACCAGCUGCUGAAAUUGCCGAAGAACAUUGGAAAACUAAAGAAGCUGAACAAUUUGAAUGUCGACCGAAACAAAUUAAUGUCUUUGCCCAAAGAGAUUGGGGGGUGCUGCAGUCUUAAUGUCUUUUCUAUGCGUGACAACAGAUUAUCUCGAAUUCCCUCUGAGAUUUCACAAGCCACUGAACUGCAUGUCCUGGAUGUAGCUGGAAACAGGCUGAUACAUCUUCCUCUGUCGCUGACUUCCUUAAAGCUGAAGGCUUUGUGGUUGUCUGAUAACCAGUCCCAACCUUUGCUGAUGUUCCAGACUGAUACAGAUCCUGAAACAGGAGAGAAAAUUUUAACAUGUGUGUUACUUCCUCAAAUGCCUUCUGAGCCCAGUUGCCAAGAUAACCUGCCCCGAUGUGGUGCGUUUGAGAGCUUGGUAAAUGAAAUGUCAGAUGAAACCUGGAAUGAGCGUGCAGUAAACAGAAUCAGUUCAAUCCGCUUUUUAGACGAUGAAAAAGAUGAAGAGGAUAACGAAAUGAGAACACUUCUAAGGCGAGCCACUCCACAUCCUGGAGAGUUAAAGAACAUGAAAAAGACAGUGGAGAAUUUACGGAAUGAUAUGAAUGCUGCUAAAGGACUGGAUUCAAACAAAAACGAGGUCAAUAAUGCCAUUGACAGAGUGACCACUUCUGUGUAG